AUGACCUCCUCACCUCUUAAGGUAGUCUCGACAAAUAAGGCACCUGGAGCUAUUGGACCUUAUUCUCAAGCAAUUAUAGCAAAUGGAUUUGUGUUUGCGUCUGGUCAAAUACCCGUAAUACCUGAAACCGGUGAAAUUGUUAGUGAAGAUGUUCGUGAGCAGACGCGGCAAUCUAUGAAAAAUUUACAAAACAUACUCGAGGCUGCCAACUCCUCGUUGGAACUCUUAGUAAAAACUACCGUAUUCAUUAAAGACAUGAAUGAUUUUGCCGCAAUAAAUCAAGUAUAUGCAGAGUUGCUUGGAGCGAAUCGACCAGCCAGAGCGUGUGUAGAAGUUGCGAGACUACCAAAAGAUGUUAAAGUAGAGAUUGACGGUGUUGCUAUUGUUGCCGAGUCAAAGAUUUGA